AUGACUCGAAAACUUCAGCGUUUAGCAAUAAUUAGUAGUGUUUUAAUAAUUCUGUUUGCAUAUUUAUACCAUGUACCAAAUAGUGAAGGUGUUCCACAAAUGAAUCGUAUUCGUUUACUUAGUGGUUCAAUGAAAAUAAUCAAGUUUAUUGGUAAAAUAUCUGAAAUAUUUGGUUUGGCUCCUGCAUGGUCUAUUCAGCGACAUAGUGGUCUUAUCUUAAAGAAAUUAAAACCAGCUGAAGUCAAUGUUAAUUUAAAAAUUGAAAAUACAACAAUCGAAGACGUACCUGUACGUAUUUAUUCUCCAUUAAAUUUAAAUGAUGAUAAAACGAAACAUCUUCCAGCGAUUAUCUUUUUUCAUGGAGGAGCAUUUUAUAUGGGUUCAAUUGAAACGCAUCAUCCAAUUACACUUAGAUUAGCUCUUCAAACUGGUUUUAUUGUUAUUUCUGUUGAAUAUCGUCUUGCACCUGAACAUCCUUUUCCAGCUGGACUUAAUGAUUGUUUUAAAGUAACUCAAUAUGUUCUCGAUUCAAAUAAUGCAAAAAAAUUACAUAUUGAUUCAAAACGUGUUGCUAUUUCGGGCGAUUCAGCUGGUGGUAAUUUCGCUGCUGUUAUUGCAAUGCGAUUUGCUAAUAAUUCAAACAAAAUUAAUGUUCCUCGUGUUCAAGUGUUGAUAUAUCCUGUUGUUCAAUUCUUUGAUUUUAUGGUUCCUUCAUAUCUAACACCAGCUUUACAUAUUUUUCAUUUUGGAAGACGUGGUGAAAUUCUUGAAUUUUAUCUGAACAAAAGUAUUAGUGAUGAUGUACUCAUUAAUAAUCAUACCAGUAUUGAACAAAAGAAACAAUAUCGUCAAUUUGUUGAUUGGUCAUUAAUUCCAAAUAAAUAUCGAAAAGUAUAUAAAGAAUCAAUAACUGAUAAUAUAGAAGGUAAUCCUAAACUUAUAGAAAAUGCUAAACAAGCAUUAGAUCCAGAUGUAUCACCAUUGUUAGUUAACAAUAAAGAAUUAUCUAAAUUACCAUCAACUUAUAUACUUACUGUUGAUCAUGAUCGAUUACGAGAUGAAGGUUUUAUAUAUGCAGCUCGUUUAAAAGCAAGUGGAGUUAAUGUCAUACAUCAUCAUUUUGAUAAUACUUUUCAUGGAUCAUUAACUUUUCUCGAAGGAUUAUUUCAAUUAGAUAUUGCUCAUGAAAUGCUUGCUGAUAUUGUUCAAUAUCUGAAAGAAAAUCUUUGA